UUAGAGGGAAGGCAGUAGCCAAGUGAAGCAGCUGGAAUCACACUGAAGUCACUCCGAACUCUGCAGAUCACUUCAUUCCUCCUUCUGCUACAGAGCUCACAUCCCUGAUUUACAGUGUGUUUCAUUCCAAAUAACUGAAAGAGAAAGCAACUGUGCAACAUGACAUUUGAAGAUUUUGAGAACUACUCUUAUUUCUACGACUUGUCUGAGGAAGAUGAAUCACCCCAGUCCUCCCUCAGCAUUGCCCAUAUGAUUUCCCUUUCCUUUUACAGUGUGGCAUUUCUGCUGGGAGUGCCAGGUAAUGCCAUCGUCAUCUGGUUUAUGGGCUUCAAGUGGGAUAAAUCUGUUUCUACACUCUGGUUCCUCAAUCUGGCCAUUGCAGAUUUCAUUUUUGUUCUCUUUCUGCCCCUCUAUAUAACAUAUGUGGCAAUGGGCUUCCACUGGCCUUUUGGGAAGUGGCUGUGCAAAAUGAACUCAUUCAUUGCACUACUUAAUAUGUUUGCCAGUGUUUUCUUCCUGACAUUCAUCAGCCUUGACCGCUACAUCCGCCUAGUCCACCCAGUCUUUUCCUACAAGUAUCGGACUGUAAGGAACACCCUCAUUCUUAGUGGGAUCAUUUGGAUGUCAGCUGCAAUUAUUGGUGGCCCUGCCUUAUACUUUAGAGACACAGCUACAGUUCUCAACGUCACCAUUUGCUACAACAACUUCCAUGUUCAUGACAGAGAACUUAUUUUGCUGACACAUCACAUUCUUAUUUGGGUGAGGCUUGCAUUCGGUUACCUCUUUCCUCUAGUGACCAUGGUCAUUUGCUACUCAUUGCUGAUUGUCAAAGUGAAGAGGAGAACUGUAUUGACUUCCAGCAGGCUUUUCUGGACCAUCAUUGCUGUAGUUGUAGCUUUUUUUGUUUGCUGGACACCAUAUCACAUAUUCAGCAUUGUGGAGCUAUCUGCUCACCACGAUGAAAACUUGCAUGACUUACUGCAGGAUGGCAUUCCCCUCUCCACUGGCCUUGGUUUCAUCAACAGUUGCCUCAAUCCAAUCCUCUACGUUCUGAUUAGCAAAAAGUUCCAGGCCCAGGUCAAGACAACAGUCUCUGAGGUGCUAAAAUUGGCACUGUGGGAGGUGAGCCGCUCGGGAACUGUCAGUGAGCAGCUGUGGAGCUCGGACAACACCCAUGCACCUGUGCACUAUUGUGAAACUGCUCAGUGACUGCUCUUGUCACCAUCCCUCUCUGAAAGAGCUGACAGGAGAUUUCGAGGUGUUCUUGACUUCACAUCUGCCAGUCAGAUGUGCAUCUUUGCAUAUACAGUUUUAUGUAAACAGCUGGCUUAAUUGCACUUGCUGCUUUCCUUGAAAGGUUUUUAAAGGACACAUCAUUUAGGUGUGGUGUACUUGCAAUGCACACACAGCCUGAACUGAAAGUUGUCAGAAUAAGUGGAAUUGCUCUAAUGGGGUUUUUAUCAGGAAUGUUGUUGUAAUCCUGUUGUUUUGUUGUGGUUCCAUAUCUCAUUGCUAUCAAAAGAGCACAUAAUAAAAAUAUUCCUCCUUGCCAUCACUGGUAACACCCUUGAUCAAGGCAUUCUCAUCCAAGCGGUCAUGGCCAUACAUCAAUGGGUCAUGAGUCUCCUGAUUGUCUAGUAUUGCCUUAAGUAGGAAUCACCUGGCUACAUCCCAGCUAAGUGAAGCUAUCAGUGGCUCCACUCUGCAGUUGGAGAAGGAUCCCAAGAAAGAUAACACUGAAUUGCUGCCUUCUUUUGUCAAAAAAGAAAAAUACGGAAAUAAAAUCUGUUUUCUCCCGGUGCUCUUUAUCUUAUACUCAAAACUAAGACAGGAGAUACCAUGUUUUCUGGUCACUUAUUCUUGUGCUUUUGGCACCAUUUGGGUGCAAAAUACUGAGCAGAUGUUUCAUGUAGGUAUUAGGCUCAUUUGAAAUGUGCAAAGAAUUAGUGAAAAUGUUUCUUACAGAAGCUGAGAUUAAAGGCCCUCUGCCACAGUUUUCUUUUUCUAUGUUUAAACUUUCAGGCUCAAAGAGGUUUACAACUAUUGGUUGCUCUUUAUUGCUCUGUCAAAGGUAAAGAAAUAAUAUAACAUUUUGUUUGCCUUAAUGCCAAUCUUCAAAAAAUGGGCAGAGUGAAUUCAACAAUAUUCUGUUACAAGUCUGUAGCCACAUUUGGACUUCUUUGCCAAAUGAGAGGCAAGACAGUACAUCCAGGAAAUGGAGUCCACUCCCGUAAGAAAGGUGAAGUGGUCCCAGUUAUGCUAUAUUCUGUUCUAACUUGUUGCUUGCUGCAGAAUCACACGUGUACCAAUGCAAAUAUAUAUGCUAAGUGGAGUGGACCAAUUUCUGAUGCAAUACCACUUAAAUAAAAAGUUGAAUGUGGGAUAAAACUCCACUAAAAGUAAAAGCAUAAAAGCUUUGGGUAAAUUUCAACUGUUUUUUCCUUGUUAUUGGCCUAGGUAUAUAGAAUAAAGCUACCUUUCAGAUAAUCUACCUAGUUUCUGUGGCCUGCCAACACACAUAAGUAGCGUUUAUACUGUAAUUGAGGCCUUAUAUGUAAAUACAUUUGCUUUGUAUAAGAUAUAUACCUAUAUAUGCAUGCAUGAGCACAUCCAGUAUUGGUAGCUGGACAAAUAGAAACAGUCUGACUGUGGUCUGUAACUGUUUCUUUGGGCUCUGGUUUCAGAGUUUGGGAGAGUCAGGCAGGAUCAGUGGAAUUUCAAUGGGCUGGAAAGUUGGUAAGCAGCACUCUUCCUUUGAGUCAUUUGCUGCCUGGUACAUAGUGACUCAUAAUAUUUUGGCACAGUGCUGCUGAAUGUGCCUAAAUCAAACAUUUUUCAGUUCUUCUUCACAUGUUCCCUGACAUCUUUCUAAGAAUGAUGUAUUAGCACUACUCCCCUGACUGUACUCCAAGUGAAGUAAUAAAAUUUUGUU